UUAUUGAAUAUAAUAUUAUCUUGGAAUAUUUAAACAAAAACAGAGAGAAAAAUUUACAAUAGGUAUUGAUGGAAGAAAAUACAAAGGUCAUAUAAUAUUAUCAGUAGAAAUAUCAAUUAAUCUAUCCUGUUACGCGUCACGUUUCAAAAAAUACGUUAAUUAAAAUUUUAUCUUUAAAAAAAAUUAUAUUCACAAUUUUGUUCACAUAUUAUUUAAUAUUUCUCUCAAAAUGGCUGCAGUAAUUCCCGCAGUUUCACGGUUAUCUAAUAGAAUAAUUAGAAUUUUGGGCUGCAAUCCAGGACCUAUGACUUUACAGGGUACAAAUACGUAUUUAAUUGGCACUGGAAAGAAUCGAAUUCUCUUGGACACUGGUGACAAAGAUGUUCCAGAGUACCAGAAAAACUUAUCAGAAGUUGUAAGUUCUGAACAAGUGAAUAUUGAGCACAUAAUUGUUACACAUUGGCAUCAUGACCAUAUUGGAGGAGUGGAGAAUAUCUUUGGGACUAUUGCAAAAAACCCAAAAAUCUGGAAACAUAGAAGGGACACUAACGAUGCAGCAGAUCCAGACAUACCCACCAUUAAAAUGAACUGGCUCUCUGAUGGACAGGAGAUCAAAGUAGAGGGAGCUACUCUCAAAAUCCACCACACACCAGGUCACACCACAGACCAUGUUGUUCUUACUUUAUUGGAGGAAAAUAUUUUAUUUAGUGGUGAUUGCAUUCUUGGUGAAGGCACUGCUGUUUUUGAAGAUCUAUUCACAUAUAUGAAGAGUUUGAAUAGAAUAUUGGAAUUGCAACCUGGUGUUAUCUAUCCAGGCCAUGGUAAUGUUGUGGAGGACCCUCUGGAAAAAAUAAAAUAUUACAUAGCACAUAGGAAUCAAAGAGAGGAACAAAUACUACAGGCACUCAAAAACAAUGCAGAUAAACAAUUAAAUGAGAUGGAUUUAGUCAAAAUGAUUUAUCGUGAGACACCAGAACAUUUGUGGCCCGCGGCAGCUUAUAAUGUUAAUCACCACUUGACAAAGUUGACUAAAGAAAAGAAGAUAAAAUUAAUCAAUAUUGAUGAUGAGAGUAAAUGGCAAUAUAUUCCAUUACAAAGUAAUUUAUAAAUGUUAAUAUUUUGUUAUGUGUUGUUGGUUUAAAUUUUAUAUGUAAUAAACGAUUUUGGAUUA